AGCCACUUAAAUGACCAGUGGCUGGAUCUGUGCCUUCAGUCUGACAAUCUGUGCUCGCAAAGGGAAGAAGAUCUUCAGAGAACGAGGGAUUACCAUGACUGUAUGAAUGUCGCGGAAGCGUUCUUGGAAAAAUUCACUACGGAGUGGGAUAACUUAGCCAGAUCUGAUGCGGAGAGCACAGCUGUCCACCUGGAAGCUUUGAAAAAGUUAGCAUUGGCAUUGCAGGAGAGAAAGCAGGCGAUUGACGAUCUGAAAGAAAAAAAGCAGAAAAUGAUAGAGCACCUGAAUUUAGAUGACAAAGAAUUAGUCAAAGAACAGACAAGUCACCUUGAACAACGUUGGUUUCAGCUGGAGGACCUUGUCAAAAGGAAAAUCCAAGUGUCAGUCACCAACUUGGAAGAAUUAAACGCAGUGCGGGCCAGGUUCCAGGAGCUGAUGGAGUGGGCAGAAGAACAGCGACCCGCCAUUGCCGAGGCCCUCAAGAAGAGCCCCCCGCCUGAUAUGGCACCAAACCUUCUCAUGGAUCACCUUGCCAUCUGCAGUGAACUGGAGGCCAAACAGAUGCUCCUGAAGUCACUCAUCAAGGAUGCUGACAGAGUGAUGGUUGACCUCGGCCUAAAUGAGCGGCAGGUCAUCCAGAAGGCACUCUCUGAGGCACAGAGACACGUGAAUUGUCUCAGUGACUUAGUGGGCCAGAGGCGGAAGUACAUAAACAAGACCUUGUCCGAGAAAACUCAAUUUCUUAUGGCAGUGUUCCAGGCCACCAGCCAAAUUCAGCAACACGAGCGAAAGAUAAUGUUCCGUGAGCACAUCUGCCUGUUACCGGAUGACGUGAGCAAACAAGUGAAAACGUGUAAGAGUGCACAGGCCAGCCUCAAGACUUACCAAAACGAAGUCACUGGACUUUGGGCCCAGGGUCGCGAAUUAAUGAAAGGAGCCACAGAGCAGGAAAAGAGCGAAGUGCUGGGUAAGCUCCAAGAAUUGCAGAGUGUCUAUGACACUGUUUUACAAAAGUGCAGCCAUCGGCUACAAGAACUGGAGAAAAAUUUAGUUUCUAGGAAGCAUUUUAAGGAAGAUUUCGAUAAAGCUUGUCACUGGCUAAAACAAGCAGAUAUUGUUACAUUUCCUGAAAUCAACCUAAUGAAUGAGAGCACUGAGCUUCAGACACAGCUGGCCAAAUACCAACAGAUUCUUGAGCAAUCUCCAGAAUAUGAAAAUCUACUACUCACGCUACAGAGGACUGGGCAGGUCAUGCUGCCAUCGCUGAAUGAAGUCGAUCACUCCUACCUCAGUGAAAAGCUCAACGCUCUGCCCCUGCAAUUUAACGUCAUCGUUGCCUUGGCUAAAGACAAGUUCUAUAAAGUCCAAGAAACAAUUCUCGCUCGGAAAGAAUAUGCUUCCUUGAUUGAGCUGACAGCCCAGUCUCUGAGUGAACUCGAAGACCAGUUCCAAAAGAUGAGCCAGGUCCCCACCGACCUGAUGGUGGAAGAGGCUCUGUCUCUCCAGGAUGGUUGCAGAGCCCUCCUGGGAGAGGUGACAGGCCUGGGGGAAGCAGUGAAUGAACUGAACCAGAAGAAAGAAAGUUUUCGCAGCACAGGUCAGCCUUGGCAGCCAGAUAAGAUGCUACACCUUGUCGCCUUGUACCACAGGCUGAAGCGACAAACAGAACAAAGGCUUAGCUUCUUAGAAGACACUACCAGUGCUUAUCAAGAGCACGAGAAGAUGUGCCACCAGCUACAGAAGCAGCUUGAGGCUGUGAAGACGGAGCAGUCCAAAGUGAACGAGGAGACGCUUCCUGCAGAGGAGAAGCUCAAAUCGUAUCACUCCCUGGUGGGAAGUCUGCAGGAUUCAGGAAUUCUCCUAAAACGAGUGACCGUGCAUCUUGAAGAUCUUGUUCCACACCUUGAUCCCUCUGCUUAUGAGAAAGCCAAGCACCUGAUCCAGUCCUGGCAAGAGGAGUUAAAACUGUUGACUUCUGCCAUUGGUGCGACAGUGACGGAGUGUGAGAGCCGCAUGGUGCAGAGUAGAGACUUCCAGACAGAGCUGAGCUGCUCCCUCGACUGGCUGAGGAGUGUGAAGGCGGAACUCAGUGGAUCGAUAAGCCUGGACCUGAACCUCCGUGACAUCCAGGAGGAGAUCAGAAAGGUCCAAAUUCACCAGGAAGAGGUGCAGUCCAGCCUGAGAAUAAUGAAUGCCCUGGGGAACAAGGAGAAGGAGAAAUCCACGAAGGCCAAGGAGCUGAUCUCUGCCGACUUACAAAAUAUUCUCGCUGAACUCUCCGAGCUGGAUGGAGACAUUCAGGAUGCUUUACGCACCAGACAGGCUACCUUGACUCAAAUAUACAGUCAAUGUCAAAGGUACUACCAGGUAUUUCAAGCAGCUAACAACUGGCUUGAGGAUGCCCACGAAAUGUUACAGCUGGCGGGCAGUGGCCUAGAUGUGGAGAGUGCAGAGGAAAGUCUCAAAAGCCACAUGGAAUUUUUUAGUUCAGAGGAUCAGUUCCAGAGUAGUCUGGAGGAACUCCAAGGCCUGGCAGCCAACCUGGACCCACUUAUCAAGCCAACUGGAAAAGAGGACCUGGCCCAGAGAAUGGCCUCCCUGGAAGAGAAGUCCCAGAGGAUAAUCCGGGACUCACACGCCCAGUUAGACCUCUUGCAGAGAUGUGCAACUCAAUGGCAGGAUUACCAGAAAGCAAGGGAAGAGGUUAUCGAACUGAUGAAUGAGGCAGAAAAGAAAUUGUCUGAAUUUUCUUUAUUGAAGACUUCUUCCAGUCAUGAAGCAGAAGAAAAACUGUCAGAACACAAGCCCUUAGUGUCAGUAGUUAACUCUUUCCACGAGAAAAUUGUGGCACUGGAGGAUAAAGCUUCACAACUGGAAAAAGCUGGAAACGAGGCCAGCAAGGCAGCCAUAAGCAGGUCGAUGACUACAGCGUGGCAGCGCUGGGCGCGUCUCCGCGCUGUGGCCCAGGACCAGGAGAAGAUACUGGAAGAUGCAGCUGAUGAAUGGAAGAACUUCGACAGCAAGGUUAAGAAAGCCACUGAAAUGAUCAAACAGCUGCAAGAUAAAUUACCAGGAAGUUCAGCAGAGAAAGCCUCAAAAGCAGAACUCUUAACUCUUCUGGAAUAUCAUGACACUUUCAUUCUGGAGCUGGAACAGCAACAGUUAUCCUUAGGCACGCUGAGACAACAAGCACUGAGCAUGCUCCCAGACGGGGCCACGCCGUCCCCUGGAGAAGAGCCACCCAUCACGCAGGAAAUCACGGCGAUGCAAGAUCGGUGCCUGAAUAUGCACCAGAAAGCAAAGAAUAACAGAAAGGCGGUCAAGCAAGAGCUGAAGGAGCGAGAAGCGGUGGAGGCUCAAAUCAAUUCUGUGAAAUCUUGGGUUCAGGAAACCAAGGAAUACUUGGGGAAUCCGACAAUAGAAAUAGAUGCUCAACUUGAAGAACUUCAGAUUCUCCUGACAGAAGCCACAAAUCACCGACAGAACAUUGAGAAAGUGGCUGAAGAGCAGAAGAACAAGUACCUGGGUCGUUAUGCUAUUUUACCUUCUGAGCUCUCCCUUCAGUUAGCUGAGGUGGCAUUGAACCUGGGAACUAUCCACGAUCAGAUCCAGGACAAAGUAAAAGAAGUUGAACAGAGCAAAGCCAUGAGCCAGGAAUUCGGCCAGCAAAUUCAGAAGAUAGCCAAAGACCUCACCACUAUUCUAACUAAGCUCAGAGCAAAGACAGACAAUUUAAUUCAAGCUAAAACUGACCAAAAGGUGCUAGGAGAGGAAUUAGAUGCCUGUAAUUUAAAGUUAAUGGAACUAGAUGAAGCAAUACAAAAAUUCUCGGAACAAAAUGACCAACUGGCUAAGCCCCUAGCCAAGAAGAUAGGAAAACUGACUGAACUUCACCAGCAGACCAUUAGACAGGCUGAGAAUCGGCUUGCCAAGCUCAGUCAGGCGGCAUCACAUUUAGAAGAAUACAAUGAAAUGCUUGAAUCGAUUUUGAAGUGGAUCGACAAAGCUAAGGUCUUGGUACAUGGAAAGAUUACGUGGAAUUCUGCAAGACAACUUCGGGAACAGUACAUUUCGCAUCAGACCAUGCUAGAAGAAUCUGAAGAAAUUCACAGUGACCUAGAAGCAAUGACUGACAGGUUACAGCACCUCGCUAGUGUGUACUGUACAGAAAAAAUGUCUCAGCAAGUGGCAGAACUGGGACGGGAGACUGAGGAGUUGAAGCAGCUGAUCAAAAUUCGUUUGCAGAAUCUCCAAGAUGCUGCCAAGGAUAUGAAAAAAUUUGAAACCGAGCUAAAAAACUUACAAGUUGCUUUAGAGCAAGCCCAGACAACACUGACUUCUCCAGAAGUUGGACGUCUUAGUCUCAAGGAGCAACUCUCUCAUCGACAGCAUUUGCUGUCUGAGAUGGAGUCACUCAAGCCAAAGGUCCAGGCUGUGCAGAUCUGCCAGAGCGCGCUCCGGAUCCCGGAGGACGUGGUCACCAGCUUGCCUCUGUGCCAUGCCGCUCUCCAGCUUCAGGAGGAGGCCAGCCGGCUGCAGCACACAGCCAUCCAGCAGUGUAACAUCAUGCAGGUACGUGUGGCCCUGCCAGCUGCCUUCUGCUGGUGGUCCCCACGGCAGCAGAGCAAUAGCGAAUGAGUCAUGGGCUGCUUUUCUUAGCAUUGUGUGGGCUCAGCCAUCAAAACACACCCAGAGUGUUAAAUUUGACAGCUUGUUGUGGUUAUAUAAAAUAAGGAGAUGAAAUGCUAUCAUUCGGAUCACCCACAGAAGCUUGGGGAGAGCUCUAUAAAAAAUAUCCGUUACUGAAAACUAUCUUGUAGCAAUAUUUUUUUUUAUAAAGAAUGACUUAGAAAGGUUAAUUUUAUAU